AGAUCCACCUGUGCCCCCCUGGCUUACGCCAACUACAAGAAUAUUUUAAGGUCAUAAAACCAACCAACCCACCAGAAAUGGUCGGGCACUUUUAUAUCAUUUCCAAACUCAUGUGACACAAACAAGUUAAAACUAGUUAUACAUAUGACACACACAUGACAACCACAUGACAUAGAGAGUUCCUAGUUAGAUGGCAACCUGGGCAAGCCUGAGCAAGCCCGAGCUGUCAUCCCUCACAUAAACCACAGUUACACAAAUUAAUCUAAGGUCAAACCACAAUACAUAUACACCACUAAUAAUCAAUAAUACACAUACAACUAAUAAUUCAAAUGAUAAUGAUACACAUAUACAACCAAUAAGUAGUAACACAUACCUAUAUAAUAAAGAAUAAUAACCAAUAGUUUUUAAUCCAUCACAGAGUGUCUAUGGUGAGAUCUCUAGCUGCCAUUUUUAAUCACGUGAUCACUAAGGAAUGAAAUUGCACUACACAGCCAAGAGUUUGUGAUUGAAUCAUGAAUAAUGUCAGUCCUGAUCCGACCUAAUGCAUCCUGAAUCAUGGAUUUUGGGCAGCUGACACUGCAAUGAGCCUAGCAGGAUCUAUCAGCCUUGAUACAAUUAUGUUGGAAUAUAUACUGGUUCAGCCAGAGCAACAGGCAUGAUUCAGCAAUGAUACUUGUCAGACUGUAUCAAUACUGUAAUCAGGCUCUAUUCAUUGAUUUUGGGCAGUGCCUUGUAUCAUACAUGCUAACUCUUGGGUCUUGGCUGUGUAAAGGUGACAAGGUCAACCGUGUCUGCAGAUCUGGUCUAUGGUGUGAUCUCUGGUGUGAAUACUGAAUAAUGUUAAUUUUCUUAAACGCCUUAAAAGGGUGUGGCUCAUUUAAGGGUGAGGCUCAUCAUGGAAAGUUCUUUCGAUACUUUCUUGUCGGUUACUCCAACUACAGCAGAGCUAACAAAGCAUAUUGAUGUUAGUACUAACUGGUACAUAGUUGGUACAAUGCUUGACUUGGAUCAGAAACGAUUAAGAAGUAUUGAAGCUCAAACUGGCCACACUGACACUCACAAGAUGAUAAAAAUGUUCAAUCUAUGGCUGACCACUACUCCUACUGCUAGUAGGAGACAAGUACUGGAAACAUUGAGGAUAAGAGUAGUGGGAGAGAAUACACUUGCAGAUGAAUAUGAAAAGCAUUUGAAGGAUUUACAUGAAGCAACUUAUACACCACCAUCUACUGAAGCAGUUUCUAUUCUUCAAAAGAAUAUUCAAUCAUUGAAUGAAGCUCUUGUCUCUCCUGUACAAGUGUCUCAACUGCUAUACAGUAAGAGAUGUAUAAGUGAAGCUACUCUGGAUGAAAUGGAAAAGAUAGAUCAGGGGAGGUCACUAGAUGACAAGAAGACCACUCUAUUGACUGCCAUGAAAGAAACAGUGUCUAGCGACCACAGGAAACUUAAAGAUAUUGCUACAGUGCUGUCUGACGUUGAAAAAACAAGAGAUAUAGGCAAGGAAAUGGUGACCAAAUAUGAAGAGAACAUGGGUGUUAGUGCAGAAGUACAACGACAGAAGGUAGUAGGUAGUAAUGAAGAUUGUGCUAGUGAUAUAUUAAGGAAUAAUUACAGUGCUCUUUCUCUAUCAAUUACUGAACCAGUUCGUAUGGCAAGGCUGCUUCAUGAAGAGGUUAUAUCUGAUGAGGCUCUGUCUCGUGUCAUAUCUACCAGAGGUUCUGUCUCUGACAGUAGAGCAGUUCUCCUCAAAGCUGUACGAGAUGCUGUUCACUCUAAUUACAAACAUCUGGAGUUAUUUGUUACUGUGUUGAGGAAGUUCUCAGAGACUGCUCAUAUUGGUGAUACUAUCUUUGAAGAAUAUUGUCAAUUAUUUUGUGAGAAUGUCAAUACUAUUGAAGAAGUGGAGACAUACCUAAAAGAAGGAAGGUCAUUAAAAGAUGCUACUUCAGUUGAAUCAGGGAGUGCAUGUGGAUCAUUUGAAGAAGUGAAAUGGAUACUCAGCAGCCACAAAAUCCUUUUUCCUCAUAGUAUGAAAGAAAAAAUUGAGGAAUUGAGAAUCAAGUUUGGCUCAACAUUUUUUAAAGUUCGGGGCAAUUUUGCCAAAGAUAAAAAUUUAAGCAUUGAUGAAAUGAAGCUAUUAGUCAGUGAUUGUUUUCCUGAUCUUAGUUCUCAAGUUUUUAACAAGAAGACAAUCAAUGAAGUACUGGAUGUUGUGAAGACAAGAUGUAAUAUCAUUAACAUACUUCCAUUAGAAGUAUUAGCUUCAGAAUUUAACAUAAAAAAAGCUAAAAAAGUCAUCAAAGGCUACAAAGAAUUUGCUAGAGAUUUCUGCAAGUCAACAUCUAUCGAAUUAUGCCUUGACCAAGAGCUUCAAGCAGUUCCUACACCUUCUCAUCUCAAAAAAGAAACUGUUACAUUUAUUCUUGAAUGGAGUCCCAAUGAUACAACACUGCAAGAUAUCAAUGAUGUACUUCAGAAGCUGGAGCCACUGAAAAACUACUUCAUUCAAGUUGACACAAUUAAAACUGGUCAGUCAGUUGUAGUAACCUGCUACUGUCCUGCUGAAUACACUGGCUCACUGAUAAUGGCUGUCCUUGAGAAGAUAGAGAUACUGCAAAAGAGAGGAUUGAAGGAAUUUAUAAUAGGCAACUGUACCAUAUGGAACAAUACUGCUUAUGAGGUACUUGUAUCAUCAACAAUGGCAACUAAAGAAGUUGAACAGCCUACCAUAAUGACGGUCAAUAAUUAUAAAGAGAGAGAACUAUUGUUCAUGAGGCAACAAUUUGUGAAACAAAUGGAAGAACUUCAAAUGAAAUUAGGGACAAGAAAAGAGGAAGAUCAUACACAUAUAUUGCCGAAAGAGUCUAUUGAUGAAUUGAAUGAGAAAUUGGAGACACAGUAUGCAAUUAAUAGAAGGAAGACAAUGGAAAUUGAGGACUUGCAGGCUAUCAUGAGGGAAAAAGAUGAAAAGAUGAUUGAUACUGAGAAAGAGUUAGCAUCAUUGAAGAAACUGUCAGAGAAUAAACAACAAGAAAUAGAGCAAUUGAAGUUGGAACUUGAGGACAAGAACAGACAAAAGGAUGGAACAGUGAUAUGGGGUUCAGAUCAUGUGUAUCUCACUAGUCCAUCUGUAGCUCAAUGUAAGGAAGUAAUUUGUAAACUGGAAAACAAACAUGAUAUAAUGGCACUCAGUGCAUCAUCAUCUCACAGUACACAGUAUCUAAUACCAACCAUAUUGCAGAGUACAACGAUAAAAAAACUUGUUAUGUACUCAUUCUUCUUAACUCCUGAUGAUAUCCUCUCAUUUUCAUCUCAACUAUCAACCAACAAAUCAUUAAUGAUUCUGUGCCUCAUAAAUGGUUCAAUCAAAGAUGAUGGAGUUAUUGUACUAGCAAAAUCACUACAACUUAAUGAAACACUUCGAGAAUUAUAUCUUACUGGCAAUCCUGACAUCACUUCAGCAAGUGCUCAGUCACUAGCUCAACUUUUACGUAAUAACAAGACACUUAGCAACCUUUACUUGUACGAUACUAACAUUGAAUAUGAUGGAGUAGAGAUACUGCUGAAAUCACUCACCAACAGUACACUUGAGACACUUUGGCUAGAUAAACAACUUAAAGAAACUUGUCUUACUUUAAUUGAAGACAUGAAUAUUAUUCAAUUUUGGUAAACAAAAUAUUUUGAUUAUUAUGAUCAUACAAAGUUAGAUUUUAAUUUAUAAUUUGAUGCUGAUCUCAA